GGUCCUUGAAUCCGAUUUAAGCAAUGCUUUAAGCAUACUUCCUCAACCAUCCUGCAAUUUCCAUCAUUUCUGUUUCUUCGUCCCUCCCACAUCCAUGGACGUGAGGAAAUUACAUUUUCUCUCGUCAGCUUUGUUCAUUCACUGCUGUUUCAUGGUUAGCUACGCCAUGAUUACUGUGAGGAACCUCACCACUGACCGGCAUGCACUUCUCGAAUUUAAACACCACAUCAUUGAUCCUCACAACAUCUUAGCCAAAAACUGGACCAACACCCAAUCUGUUUGCAACUGGGUUGGUGUCUCUUGCUCUGCUAAGCCUAGCAGAGUCAUAGCUCUGAGCCUUCCCAACAUGGAUCUUACAGGAACUGUCCCUCCACACCUAGGAAAUCUCUCCUUGCUAGUGUCUCUCAAUUUGAGCGACAACAAUUUCCAUGGCCAUUUUCCUUCAACCAUUUACAACAUUUCCUCUCUACAGAUGAUCUCUCUUGCAUCUAAUGGUCUAUCUGGUAGUUUGCCCCAAGAUAUAUGUCGCCAUCUGCCCAAACUUGAGGCACUGUACUUGCACUUGAAUGAGUUCUCCGGUCAAAUUCCAUCGAGUAUAGAUGAAUGCAGCAAUCUUCAAAAUUUAACAUUGUACCUCAAUGGAUUCAGUGGCAUCAUCCCUAGGAGUAUUGGCAAUUUAACUAGGCUCAAAAUAGUAGACAUGAGUGGAAACAAUUUGGAAGGUGAAAUCCCUUGGGAAAUUGGAAAUCUUCUGAGCUUGGAGGAAUUUGCUGUUGGAGACAUGAGGCUAAUUGUUGGUCCAAUCCCAGCUUCCAUCUUUAAUAUUUCUUCUUUGAAAGUAAUUUAUCUCUAUAACAAUAGUCUCUCUGGCAGCAUUCCACAUAAUAUGUGUCACCAUCUUGUCAAACUUGAGACCUUUCAUAUAUCCUACAACGAAAUUUCUGGCCAUAUUCCUUCCAAUAUAGGUGACUGCGGAAAUCUUCAAUAUUUAUCAUUAUCUUAUAAUCGGUUCAGUGGUUUUAUCCCAAGGAGUAUCGGAAAUUCAACCAAACUCAAGAAGAUAUAUGUAGGUGUUAAUGAUUUAAAAGGUGAAAUUCCAAGAGAGAUGGAAAAUCUUAUUACAUUGGAGUUAUUUUCAGCCGUAGACAUGCGUCUAAAUGGGGUGAUUCCACCUUCCAUCUUCAACAUUUCUUCUUUGGAAGUAAUUGACGUCUCAAACAAUAGCCUGUCUGGUAAAUUGCCAGACAUGAGCUCUGUUUCAAAUCUUGAGAGACUCAUUGUAUGGGGAAACAAUCUCAGUGGAAACAUCCCAGACUCCAUCUGCAAUGCUUCUAAGCUCACACUCCUAGACUUAGCCCAGAACUCAUUCCAUGGCCUUAUUCCGAAUACAUUUGGCAAUUUAAGGUUCCUUGAGGUGUUGCGCCUUUGGUCCAACAAUUUGACUACACAAACUUCAAAUGGUGAGUGGAGCUUUCUCUCUUCCUUGGCAAAUUGUCGGCAUUUAAGAGUUUUAGAGCUAUCAUACAACCCAUUGAAUGCCCUUCUUCCAAAUUCUAUCUCAAAUCUCUCUACUUCACUCCAAUAUUUACGUGUCAAUGAUUGCAAAAUUAGAGGCAAGAUUCCCAUGGAAAUUGGCAGCUUAAGCAACAUUACAGCUUUAGGCCUUGCCCUCAAUGAGUUGAGUGGAUCUAUUCCAAUGACAAUAGGAAGGCUAAGAAAUCUUCAAGCUUUGCAUCUUGGUGGAAAUAGAUUACAAGGGUUCCUUCCACAUGAUCUUUGUGGUUUAAAGAGAUUGAACACAUUAUCAUUAGGUGCUAAUGAGCUUGAUGGACCUUUACCGACAUGUUUGGGUGAUUUGACUUCUUUGAGAUCUCUGAACUUGUCCUCUAACAAGUUUCAUUCGAUAAUACCUUCAUCUUUUUGGAGCCUCAGAGAUAUCUUAGAAGUAGACUUGUCGUCAAACUAUCUUAUCGGUCCACUUCCACUUGACAUCGAAAAUUUGAAGGUACUAGUAUAUUUGGAUUUGUCAAAGAAUUUGUUAUCAAGUGAUAUUCCGGUCACAAUUGGGAGUCUCGAUGAUAUUCAACUUCUAGCACUUUCUAGUAAUAGAUUACAAGGUCCUAUUCCUAAAUCAUUGGGCGACUUGAUAAGUUUGAAAGUCUUGGAUUUAUCAAACAACAAUCUCUCUGGAGUCAUUCCCAAGUCUUUGGAAAAACUUCUUGAUCUCAAGUAUUUUGAUGUGUCUUUCAAUAGAUUGGAAGGACAAAUCCCCAGUGAAGGGCCCUUUGCCAACUUCACAGCUGAAUCAUUCAUGAAAAAUUAUGCACUUUGUGGUUCACCUAGACUACAAGUCCCCCCUUGCAAAAAUACCAUCCAUCGACAAUCCAAGAAGGCCCUUGUGCAUGUGUUGAAAUAUGUUUUACCAACAAUUGCUUCAGUAAUAACAAUUGUAGCCUGCAUUAUUGUCUACAAAAAAUGGCAGAAGAGGAGCACAAAUUCAGAAAUUGGGGAAGAUUCGAUUCCUUUAAAAACAUGGAGAAGAGUUUCAUAUAAUCAACUCUCGCGGGGGACUAAUGGCUUUAGUGAAAACAACUUGCUUGGUUCAGGAAGUUUUGGCUCUGUAUAUAAAGGAAUACUUUCAGAUGGGACAAAUGUUGCAAUCAAAGUUUUCAAAUUACAAAUAGAUGGAGCAUUUAGGAGUUUUGAUAACGAAUGUGAAGUGCUGCGCAAUAUCCUUCAUCGGAAUCUUGUCAAGGUCAUUACUAGUUGCUCUAAUAUUGACUUCAAAGCCUUGGUUCUUGAAUAUAUGCCUAAUGGGAGCCUUGAGGAAUGGUUAUAUUCUCACAAUUUUUUCCUAGAUAUCUUUCAAAGAAUCAAUAUAAUGAUCGAUGUAGCAUCAGCACUGGAAUACCUCCAUUUGGGACAUCCAAUGCCUGUAAUCCAUUGUGAUUUAAAACCAGGUAAUGUCUUACUAGAUCAAGACAUGGUUGCACAUGUGGGAGAUUUUGGUAUUGCCAAACUAUUGGGAGAGGAAGAUUCCAUGAAACAAACGCUUACGCUUGCCACUAUUGGCUAUAUGGCACCAGAAUACGGAUCGACGGGAAUUCUUUCUGUAAAAAGUGAUGUUUAUAGUUAUGGUAUUCUAUUAAUGGAGGUCUUCACAAGAAAAAAACCCACAGAUGAAAUUUUUACUGAAGAAAUGAGUAUGAAGCAUUGGGUGGAAAGGUCAUUCUCUGAUGGAAUAAUUGGUGUGGCAGAUUCGAGUUUAAUCCAUGCAAUGGAUGAAUUCUUUGUUGUUAAAGCAAAUUGUAUAUCAUCUGUUAUGAGGUUAGCUUUGGAUUGUUCGGCUGAAUUACCUGAAGACAGGAAAGAUAUGAAGGAUGUUGUUUCCAUGCUCAAAAAUAUUAAAAUAAUGUUUCUGAAGAACAUUGAGGAGGAUCAAUAAAGUAAGGUAUACAUUUGUUUA